UCUUUCUCUCUUAUUCCUGAAGAAGAGGAACAAGCUGAAGAAGAAGUGGCUGAAGAACCUGAGUCGGCUCCUGAGCCAGAGGAAGAACGCCCCAGACCAAGGCCAGUGGUUCCUCAGUUGGCUCCUCCAAAAAUCCCUGAGGGAGAGAGAGUGGAUUUCGAUGACAUCCACCGGAAGCGUAUGGAGAAGGAUCUCCUGGAGCUGCAGACCCUCAUUGAUGUGCACUUUGAGCAGAGGAAGAAAGAAGAGGAAGAACUCGUUGGUCUCAUGUCGAGGAUUGAGCGCCGGCGGGCAGAGCGUGCUGAGCAGCAGCGGGUCCGCACGGAGAAGGAACGGGAGCGGCAAGCCAAACUUGCUGAAGAGAAGAUGAGGAAGGAAGAGGAAGAGGCUAAGAAACGAGCAGAAGACGAUGCCAAGAAGAAGAAAGUGCUCAACAUGGGAGCUCAUUUUGGUGGAUACCUGGUAAAGGCAGAACAAAAACGGGGCAAGAGGCAGACAGGCCGCGAAAUGAAGGUCCGGAUCUUAUCAGAGCGGAGGAAACCACUCAACAUAGACAACUUCGGGGAGCAAGAGCUGAGGGACAAGGCCAAGGAGCUGCACGACUGGAUCCAUGAACUAGAAUCAGAGAAGUUUGACCUGAUGGAGAAACUCAAAUGUCAGAAGUAUGAGAUCAAUGUUCUCUACAACCGCAUCAGCCACGCCCAGAAAUUCAAGAAAGGUGCUGGAAAAGCCAGACUUGGUGGCCGCUGGAAGUAAAAGAGAAGACACACCCUCUCACACACACACCCCCGUGCACAGUGAUCUGGAAGGCCCUCACACAGUCAGCAGAAGCCACGCUUCACUUCAGCGAGCCAUUGUUUCCCCUGCUCUGUUUUGUGUUGAAAGUUGGCCUCCACCUGCCCUGUGUCCAUUCUCCUUCCUAUCAUGCAUGCCUGUAACAUGUUCAGUGUCACAAGUGAGACACAAUAAACCAACCUCUUCCCUCUGUGGAAUCUC